UGGUGCAUGUGUUGGUGAGCGAGCGAGCGAUCGAGCGAUCGAGCGACCGAGCCAGCAGCGAACUUUCACAACUAAACGCCAGUCCAGUCCAGUCGAGUCCAGUAAAGUAUACAGCCAUCUCUCCCCACUCUCUCUCUCCCUCUUCUCCGGCCCACCACAGAUACACAUAACUAAAAAGGAGAAAACAAAAAAAAACCCUAACACAACAAAAACAACCCACCGCUGGUCAUGUUGGAUCCUUCAUCGGGGACCCAAAGGAACAACAAGCUAGAAUGUUUCCUAAAAAGGACCCUCCCCAGUGAACGUUACAACCGGCUCCGGGCAUACGAGGCCUGUAUCGUUGACAAGACAUUCAAGUACAUCAUCGUCGGUGACCAAUGUAUAUAUCUGACCGAAAACCCUCCUCGGACACUUCAACCAGUUAUAUUUUAUCAGGAACUUAGGGACGUACAACUGGAAUAUGACUUACCAAAUUUCCUUCAAGGUUUGGAACGAGAGCAGACUCUACACAUCGUCCUCACCUACAGCAGGAAUUUGCAGAAGACGACACAAGAUGGCGCCAGUUCAGAUAUUCGUCAAAGCCAGAGCAGCUUAUUCUUAAACACUUUAUUUACAAAAUCACAACCUUCCAAAGCGCCGACCAAUCAUCGGAAAUCAAGUUUUGAUGAGACAUUAUUGCAAUCUUCAAGAAGUAUUGUGGAUCAUUCUAUGGACGGAAGCAACACACUUCUCUCUACGUCAUUGCCAUCAAAUCUAUGGCACACUCUGGAGAAAAACGGCAAUGGGACCAACACAUCUGAAGAAAUCUCUAUUGGCAAAUGUAAGUACAAGCCAAGUUUGAUCCACCGUAUCAGGAAACCAUUCUCAAGAGUUUGGUAUAAUUUCCUCAAUAUCAAACGGCAUGGAAUGUUGAAGAACAGACACAGCACCUCGAAGGUGCGACUAAAGAUCGAUGAAGAUUCAGACAUUGACAGCAAAGAUGAGAAUGAGAGCAGGUUGCCAUCACCAAGGGACAUUUCUGAAAGUAAAACAAAGACAUUACGUGGUUCCAAAGUGUCACACAACCCAGGGAAAUCUUCCAAUGCCAUGCAGGUGUAUGUCCUCAAUGUGUAUUUGCUGAAGAACAACUCUCCAUCAUUGGACCUCAUUAGGUAUGCCUGGGAUAAUUACUUGAUUAGGUCUACAGAGCAACAGUCCAAUAGAAGGUGUACUGAUGUCUCUACACAGGACAGUCAAAGUCUAAGUGUCCAGCCAGAAGUCCUGUUUGUUCGAAUAAAACAAGAAUUGCUCAGUGAAAACGACUACUCUGACGUGUUGUUCUUUUUGUGCUCAAGACUACAUACAUCUGCUCUCUCCUGCUUUACAAUAAAGAAGCUGUUCUGGAAGGAUCCAGAGCUUUUCAUGUUUUUUGUUGGAAUACUUUGUAAAUAUGUUCCCGGAUUUGUGUCGAAUGGAGGCGGAACCGUCUGUGAUAGCAAAGAUGACAACAAACUGCAAAGUCUGUUGUGCCUAGUUUUGGAAAUUCUGCGAGUCAUGUUCCGAGAAACCGAAGUCCUGUCGUCCCGAAUAUCAACACUUGUUGCAGCCAAAGAAGGUGUAUUUGAAUUAAUGAAGAUCCUCAUUAGUUUGUUGUCAAGGCAACCAGCCCCUAUCAGAAAGAGGAACCAGUCACAGUCUGUGAAAUCUUCAAUCCCAUUGGAAUUAACUGAAUUAAGCAUCAGUGUAAUCUUUGAACUGUUCGUCUGUGUCCAACAGAAAUUAGAUGGAAGUAAGGAAGACAUUUGUACCAGUUGGUUGGUUGGCGUUGUCGAAGAUAUUGGGGCUGAGGAUCUGAUCUGUGGUAUGGUGAGCCAAGUUCUAGAACUGACCAAACCAACGUCCAGUGGCAACAAUUGUGUAGAGGUCAGCUGUCUGUUGCCACUACAAGUGUUAAAACUCUAUCAACAUUACUACAUCCUGGCUGUUAUCCUAGAAAAUAGCUCUCAACUGGCUGAGUAUAUCCACUCAAACUAUUUGAGUGAGUUCAAAUAUUUGGUUCAAGUGCCGGUGCUUAAACAAAGGCUGUCAACUCACUGCCCACUCUCCAACACUGUCUUACAACUGAUUGUGAAGGUUUUACAGAAAAUUGUACAUUAACCUUUGAAUGGCAGAUCCCAUCCAGAAAAGGGGUCACUCAGACAGACUGGCAUUAAGUCAGUCACAGACACUCUCCAGUCCCCGGCCCACAGAUACAAUGUCUUCUCUCUCUGCCUUUUCUGUCCUUCUAUCGUACUUUAACUUCUCAUCACCUGGCAUAAAGCUACCUCUUUCAAUACUACUCCGUGACCCUGUCCACCUUGGUCUUGUCUUGAAAAUUACUUGGUGAUCUCGCUGGUGUUGGUGGUAUGAAAACGAAGGCACCUUAGUAAAUUCUGUGGAGUGGUCGGCAUUUGGAAGGACAUCCAGCUGCAGAAAACAUGCUCUUGUCAAACCGUCCAACAUAUAACAGCAUGAAAAACAGAUGUUAAUUGGUGCUGCUGAUGAUGUCAACGAUAAUAGUAAUGGCCUCUGCUCCUCAGAGCUGGUUAGGCUCCUGCCAUCUCCCCUCAGAUACUUCCAAUCUACUCAUCUGUCCCCACUUCACCACCUUCGUAUGUGAUGUGUCCAACCCCUACACCAUCCAUUGAGCCCAAUCUUUCCUCUUCAGAACUUCAUCCCUCUGGAACUCUCCUUUUACUCACGUCACUUCUUCAAUUGUGAACUUGCAAUGGUCUUUAGAGGAACAGCAGCAGCAUCUCUUUCACCAGUUUUGGGGGGUUUGCGAAUGUCAUGGGCACUACCUGUCCCUCAAAACCCUGCAAAUGAAAAAAAUAUAAAUAAAACAAGGUAAAAAAUGAUCUUAUAAAUACAAAUAAGGGCUGCGGCAGAAAAACCUCCCCUAUUUUACAUGACCAUUAUUAUGGUACUUACUUACUUAGGUGGAGGUGCAAUGGUCCAGUGGUUAGGGCAGCGGACUUGCGGUCGUAGGAUCGCGGUUUCGAUUCCCAGACCGGGCAUUGUGAGUGUUUAUUGAGCGAAAACACCUAAAGUUCCACAAGGCUUCGGCAGGGGAUGGUGGUGACCCCUGCUGUACUCUUCCACCACAACUUUCUCUCACUCUUACUUCCUGUUUCUGCUGUUCCUGUAAUUCAAAGGGGCCAGCCUUGUCACACUCUGUGUCAUGCUGAAUCUCCCCGAGAACUACGUUAAGGGUACAUGUGUCUGUGGAGUGCUCAGUACUUGCACGUUAAUUUCACGAGCAGGCUGUUCUGUUGAUCGGAUCAACUGGAACCCUUGUCGUCGUAACCGACGGAGUGCCAACCACAUUAUGGUACUUAUGAAGUUAGGCAUGUGUUAAUGAUAUCUUUAUGCAGUAAAUGUUUCACCAUGUUUUGUAAUCACCAACAUGGCUUGGAUUAAAGCAUAUUGUGGGUUUGCUAAGUAAAACAUUUGUUUCAACAUGUGAAAUGUGAGAGACAUUUUGCCACAUCCUGUAUAUUACAUGAAGUGUUUGGCUUUGAUUGUUUUCCACUUAGUGACCCGAGUCCAGGAUGUCACUGGACAAAACAUCAGUUGCUGUCUGCCAGCCUCUAAUUGUUUGAUUCUGAGUCGUUUCUGACCCAGCUGAACUUUGAUCAAAGAUCUUCCAGCUAUGACCAUCCCGUCUUAAAUUCAAGCACAGUGUAUCUAGGACUACAUUAUCCAAUGUUCAUUUCUUUGUUGACAUUGAUUAACUCCAGACCAAUCCUGAUCCAGCUGGCCCAUGAUUAAAGAUGUUCCGGUAUGACCAUCUCAUCUUAUAUUCGGGCAUAGUAUAUCUAGGACUACAUUAUCCAGUGUGUGUUUCUUUGUUGUUGUUUAGUCCCUAGUUCAAACUAUGACCCCAUAGACCUUGGAUCGAGAACAUUCUAGCCAUCACCAGUCUGCUAUUUAUCUAUCCAGUGUGUCCCACAUCAUGGGUCUAUCCUCAGGUCAUUCCUGAGCAUGCUAAUCAUUGGCCAAAAAUGUUCCACCUUUGACCAUCCUGUCCCUUAUUCAGACAUUUUGUAUCAUCACCAUCAUCACCAUCAUCACACCACCACCGCUGCCACCACUACCACCACUACCACUGAUAUCACCACUGCCACCACUACCACAAUUGCCACCGCCACUGCUGCCACCACCAUCACCAUUGUUAUUGUUAUCAUCAUCAUCAUAAUCAUCAUUACUGCUAUAGCCACCACCACAACCACCCCCAUCGCUAUCAUUACCAUCAUUGCCACCACUACUACAAUCAUCAUCAUCAUCAUCAUCAUUACAAUCAGAUAAUUUAUUAUAAUUUAUAAAUAAAUACUUUCAUGAAAUA